CUGCGUAUUUCCUACUCCGUUGCGUCCUCCAGCUGUUUUUGAUCGCUAGAACGCGCCCUGUUGCAAACUCUGUAAUAACAGACGCGCGCGACCACGCCUCUCCCAGCAGGAGGAGCAGAUGAAGGAGUAAAAGCAGAAGUUCGAACUGUGUGGCUUACAGCUGCAAAGAAAACUUCCCUGUUGAAAAUGUCAGGAGUGGCAUCCACACUCGCCAAAAACAGGGCACAUGUGGCUGGUUUCGGCACGAAUGCCAACGCUGUGAAAUACCUGAACCAGAACUUUGAGAGUCUCAGAAGUGAGUGUCAGAGCCGAGGUCAGCUCUUCUGCGAUCCCACAUUCCCAACCGCACCCGAAUCUCUGGGCUUUAACGAACUCGGACCGCGAUCUUCUAAAACCAGAGGAAUCCAGUGGAAAAGACCAGGGGAACUGACAUCCAAUCCUGAGUUUAUUGUUGGAGGUGCUACAAGAACCGAUAUUUGCCAAGGAUCUUUAGGUGAUUGUUGGCUCUUAGCAGCUAUUGCCUCUCUAACCCUCAAUGAAGAUGUUCUGACCCGUGUCGUACCAUCCAACCAGGGCUUUGGACAAGACUAUGCUGGCAUUUUCCACUUCCAGUUUUGGCAGUUCGGGGAGUGGGUUGAUGUGGUGGUGGAUGACCGGCUGCCCUCAAGAGAUGGAGAACUGCUGUUCGUUCAUUCGGCCACAGGUUCUGAGUUCUGGAGCGCCCUGCUGGAGAAGGCCUAUGCCAAGUUGAACGGAUGUUAUGAAGCUCUGUCUGGUGGCUCCACCACUGAGGGCUUUGAGGAUUUCACUGGAGGGAUUGCGGAAAUGUACGAAUUGAAAAGUGCUCCACCCAACUUGUUCCAAAUUAUCAGGAAGGCCCUGGACUCUGGCGCUCUGUUGGGCUGCUCCAUUGAUAUUACCAGUGCUGCUGAUUCUGAAGCCAUCACUAAUCAGAAACUUGUGAAGGGACACGCUUACUCUCUUACCGGGGCAAUUGAGGUUAAUUAUAAAGGCCGAAAGGAGAAGCUGGUCCGGGUUCGUAAUCCUUGGGGUCAAGUGGAAUGGACAGGUGCCUGGAGUGACAACUCUUCUGAGUGGAAUGCAGUCAGUCCAUCUGAACACGAGAUUGUGAAGUCAGAAGACGGAGAAUUCUGGAUGUCAUUUUCAGAUUUUGUGAGACAUUAUUCUCGUAUAGAGAUCUGCACUCUGACACCAGACACACUGACUUCUGACGCAGUCAAACACUGGAGCACCAGUAAGUUCGAUGGAACUUGGAGAAGAGGCUCGACGGCUGGUGGCUGCAGAAAUCAUCCCUACACAUUCUGGAUGAAUCCUCAGUUUAAGAUCAAACUAGAGGAGGAAGAUGACGAUCCUGAUGAUAAUGAAGUGGGCUGCAGUGUGGUCAUCGGUCUGAUCCAGAAGAAUCAACGCAAACUGCGGAAGGCUGGAGAAGACAUGCACACCAUUGGCUACGCCAUCUACGAGGUUCCUCCCCAGUUCCGCGGGCAGAAGGAAGUUCAUCUGGAUAAGAAUUAUUUCCUCUCGCAUGCUCAGAAAGCUCGAUCCGAGACCUUCUCCAAUCUGAGAGAGAUCAGCACCCGCUUCAAACUUCCUCCUGGAGAAUAUCUCAUCGUUCCCUCCACCUUUGAGCCGCACAAGAACGGAGACUUCUGUGUCCGUGUGUUUUCUGAGAAACAGUCUGAGAUGCAACAAUGUGAUGAUCCUGUGGAAGCAGACAUAGAAGAUGAGAUUGUGUCUGAAGCAGAAGUGGAUUCUGGAUUCAGGGGGCUUUUUACCAAACUAGCAGGAGACGACAUGGAGAUUUCUAGCUUUGAGAUACGAACAAUUCUCAACAAAAUAGUCUCAAAACGGACAGAUAUUAAAACGGAUGGUUUCAGUUUGGAUACCUGUAGGAUCAUGGUGAAUCUCAUGGACGACAGUGGCAAUGGAAAAUUGGGUCUAGCAGAGUUUGCCACCCUGUGGAAGAAAAUUCAGAAGUAUCUGAUCAUUUACAAGAAGAAUGAUAUGGAUGGAUCCGGCUGCAUGAGUACACCAGAGAUGCGAAUGGCUUUGAAGGAAACAGGGUUCUCUUUGAAUGACACCCUUCAUCAGCUUCUAGCUGCACGAUACGGUGAAGCAGACAUGACCAUCGACUUUGAUAACUUUGUGGCCUGUUUGAUGCGGCUAGAGAUGAUGUUUAAAGUGUUCAAGAAGAUUGACAUUGACAAGAGUGGGUUCAUUGAGUUAACCUUAAACCAGUGGCUGAUGUUUGCCAUGAUAUAAAGGACCAGCGGAUUUUGAAUAGUACUUUUAUUAUGUUUGUUAACCCACAUGACAAACAUACAGUGUACGCACAUGCUUUGUUUGUAUUGUGGAACAACUGGAAGUUGUAAAUGCGUCCAGGAUACGGCAUUGUUGCUCGGGGGUCAUAUGUACUGCUGCUUGUUGUUUUAUUCGUAGCUCUCUUGCUUGUAUCUGCCGUGCUUGCAAGGCAUCACACUAUUACCAUUCUUAUCAGUGGCACUUGCUGGGAAACUAUUUUUUUUUCAUGAGGGGGCUUGUAGUGGAUGAUACUUUAAAACAGGUAAAAUCGGUUUUAGAUUUGCAGUAAUGGAAAAAAAGCCAUAUUUAGGGACCAGAAUCUCAUACUUUACAGACUCAGGGGUGGGUUCUGUUUAUUGGACCAGUAAGCCCAAGUAUACCCUAGCAACCACCCAGAACACCCAUAAAGCAUGGCAACCACCUCCAUCAUGGUUUUGCACCGGCAAACACAACUAGCAUUUUUCAAAAAAAUAUACAAAUGAAUUAACUUUAAUCAAACAGACUAAAUUAUGUUGUUUUGUGUACUUUAUAUUAUAUAACUGUAAACAUACAUUUAUAGGCUAAACAAAACAGAUAUUUUAAUUAUUUGAAACCAAGCUUUAUGCCAGGGUAUCGCCUUAUGCAAAUCUAGUUUGUGUUUUGGGAAGAAUAAGUGUUCACUGUACAGUCUUGCUGAAUAAAGUUGUCCGUGUUCACUUUUGUA